CACAGAAAAACCUGCAGUUACCAGACGACCUGAAAAGGGGUAAGAGUUGAGAGCUAAUUCCUUAGAAAAUAAAGUUGCAGAAUUUUCUUUUUUGGUCUGAAAAUCUGAAAUGGAAAACUAUGAUCGAGUUAUUGCAGUUACCAUCAGUUAGCUGCCAGGCGGUGAGAAGGGAAAAGGAAGAAUUCGAUCCUUUCUUUCAAUCUCAGUCCAUUUACUGACUGAAGUACUCAAAACGGCUGCUCAUCAUUUGUCCGACCAAACCAUUGAAGAACUCCUUAAAACCUCCACGACUCCCUUCCGUCCUCUGUCGAGAGACACAGGAACCUGCUUGCCUUCACAGGCAUCCGCAUCACUCGAAGGUUUCAGUAGGUUUUCCGGCACGAGCCUGUCGGAAAAUGUCGAGUUCUUCGUAGAAGGCUGUGUUUCCUCCAUCAACCUGCCACCAUGGUUCUGUAUGAACACACACAUGCAAUGCAAACUAGAAUUCUUUCCUUGUCCGUAUAAUUUUAGGCAUCCGAAAAGCGCUCAGUCAAGUGUCACCCGUCGCUUCGUGGUCGCAGCGUACCGUUGCCUUUCUUCAAUGUUUUUCCCGCGAAUCAGAACUCUUUCCCUGGUAACCUAUCUGGAUUCUACUAUCGUCAAGUUGGUUACUUCAAUAAGACCUGCUUUGUCUUUAACUUCAUCCUGGUUUUUGCCAAUCUUAGUUCUUUCCACUGGUUCGUCGUCUUCGAUCCUCUGAACCUCAUCGCCUGAGCCGGAAAAAAGCCUAACGUCGUCAUCAUCGCCUGAGCCGGAAAAAAGCCUAACGUCGGCCUAGACGAGCUUCCGUGGCAACCGCCGUCUAGCUUACCUUCCUUGCAUCAUUUCCUACUUGGCGUUCGGUGAAGCUUCCACCUGCCGCUCAAAAAAGAAGACGCCGGGAAACGACCUAUUUUGUCUGGAAAAGCGUUUUUCGUAAGCUACGACCUUUUGUCUUCUUUGCCUCGUCUCUUCAUCUGGGGAGUCCAUAGUCCCUCUGUGCGAUUUCCUUCCCGCCAGGACAGGAGCUCCGAAAGGCUACCGGACCAGGAUGAUCACGGCGGCGGAUUUCUAUCACGUGAUGACGGCCAUGGUGCCGCUUUACGUGGCGAUGGUCCUGGCAUACGGCUCGGUUAAAUGGUGGAAGAUCUUCUCGCCGGACCAGUGCUCCGGCAUUAACCGGUUCGUCGCCCUCUUCGCCGUCCCCCUCCUCUCCUUCCACUUCAUUGCUACCAACGACCCCUACGCCAUGAACAUUCGCUUCAUCCUUGCGGACACUCUCCAGAAGCUCAUGGUGCUUGCUGCUCUCGUCCUCUGGUGCAGGCUGAGCAAGAGGGCCUCCCUUGAAUGGGCCGUCACCCUUUUCUCCCUCUCCACCCUCCCCAACACCCUCGUCAUGGGCAUCCCUCUCCUCAAGGGCAUGUAUGGCGCCUCCAGCGGCAGCCUCAUGGUGCAGAUCGUCGUCCUCCAAUGCAUCAUAUGGUACACCCUCUUGCUUUUCCUCUUCGAGUACCGAGGUGCCCGCCUUCUCAUCGGUGAGCAGUUCCCGAACAAUGCGGCCAGUAUCGUCUCCUUCAAGGUGGACACCGACGUCGCCUCCCUCAGCGGCCGAGACCAGUUGAUGGCCGACGCAGAGAUAGGAGACGACGGAAAGAUCCAUGUUACAGUCCGUAAAUCGGCUUCAUCGUGCUCGGAAAUAUUUUCCCGGAGGUCCGGCGGCGCUGGGGUAAUCAUACCCACACCGAGGCCGUCGAAUUUGACGAACGCGGAGAUAUACUCGUUGCAAUCGAGCCGGAAUCCGACGCCGAGAGGGUCGAGUUUCAACAAGGGGGAGUUUUGCGCGAGCGCCGGCGGCUUUCCGGCAACUGAGGAGGGUGGAUUUGUUGGUAGAAUGAACGGUAGUGGUGGGUUUCCGGCUAUGGUGUCGCCAGCUGGGACGAAGGAUCUCCAUAUGUUCGUGUGGAGCUCGAGCGCGUCUCCGGUUUCCGAAGCGGCUUCGAACGUGUUCCGAGGGGAGUUCGGAGGGAGUGAAGAGGUGAAGGUGGGGGUAAAUCAACCCAAUCACCAGUAUCAGAAUCAUCAGCCACAGUAUCACCACAAUCAUCUUCACCAUCACAACCUUCACUAUAAUCGAAGAGAGACUACUAUUGAAAAUUAUGAGGAUUAUGGUCGUGAUGAGUUCAGUUUCGGAAAUGCACCUGUUACUAAUGGUGGUGAAUCUGUGUCGAGGGAUGGAGAUGGUCCAAAUUUCUCUAAAUUUGGCACCAGUUCUAGAACUGAGCUGCGCCCAAAGGCUGCUGAUGAUGGAGAUGCCAGACCACCUUCAAUGCCACCUGCGAGCGUGAUGACACGCCUUAUUCUGAUCAUGGUUUGGAGAAAACUGAUCAGGAAUCCGAAUACUUACUCUAGUCUUCUUGGCUUGACCUGGUCGUUGAUCUCAUUCAGGUGGGGCGUCCAGAUGCCUGCAGUCAUUGCCCGUUCUAUUUCUAUACUUUCUGAUGCCGGUCUUGGAAUGGCCAUGUUCAGUCUUGGUUUGUUUAUGGCUCUUCAACCACGGAUAAUUGCAUGUGGAAACACGAUUGCCACUUUUGCCAUGGCUGUCCGAUUUUUCUUUGGUCCUGCUGUAAUGGCUGCUGCAUCUGUAGCCGUAGGCCUGCGAGGUGUUCUCUUACAUGUUGCCAUUGUUCAGGCUGCACUUCCUCAAGGAAUCGUGCCCUUCGUCUUUGCAAAAGAAUACAAUGUACAUCCGGACAUACUGAGCACAGGAGUAAUUUUCGGAAUGCUGAUCGCUCUCCCCUUCACUCUGCUUUACUACAUCUUGCUUGGGCUGUGAAGUUUUGCUACUCCAGGAAGAUGGUGGAAUGAGCUUAAUUUGCAUCCUGUUUCUUUCCAUGGAACCCCAAUUUUGGAAGAGGUCUAAUUUCUCCUUGAAUGGUGACAAAUGGAAGUCGAGAGGAAGAUGGAAAAGCAACUUUUGGUAUUUUAGCUGCGUUUAGAAACUACAUCAAAGUUUUUAUCUUUUAUCUUUUUUCCCCCCUCCUCUAAUUACUGUUCGAAGCUUGCCUGAGGAUGAUCUCUGUAGUUUUUAACGUUUUCAGUUUUGAGAAUUCUCGCUUGGAGAUCAAAUUGCUUCUAACUGGCCGGUAAUGAAAAAGAAAAUGGUCUUCUUUUUUGUA